AUGGCGGCGCUCGGGAGCAAGAAGCGGAGCGGCUCGGCGCUGUGGGGCGCGGCCGCGGCGCGGGCCGCCCCCGCCCCAGGGCCCGCGGGCCGCGGCGCCGGGGGCCUCGACAACGGCCUCCCGCCCCAUAAGCGCCCCAAGAGCGGCGAGGCAGCGGCGGCCGGGACCGACCCUUUCGGCGACCACGACGACUUCACGGCCGACGACCUGGAGGAGAUCGACAUCAUCGCCUCGCAGGCGCUGUCCCAGGGCGGCGCGGCCGCCGCGGCCCCGCGGGCGGCGAGGGCCUCCUUCGCCUUGGGCAGCGUCAGCCAGCAGCCGGCGACGGGCAGGCCCUGGGGCGGCGACGGCGCCGGCGCCGGCGGCGGGCGGAGGAAAGGAAGCAGUACAGAAGAUAGUCUGAUUAAAGAUGCAUUCCAGUUUGAAGUAUUACAAACACAGCAUGAAGAAAUUAAACAAAAGCUGAAAGAAAUGCAAGAUGAAAUUCUUACUAAAAAUGGAGAAAUUAAAAUUUUGCGAGACUCAAUGCAGCAGAUGGAGUAUGCUAUAGAGGAACAGAAAAAAUCAUAUAUGCUGUUGGAACAGGAAAAAUCUCAGGCCCUAAGUGAAAAAGAAAAAGAGUUCUCCAAAAAGUUAAUGUCACUGCAGUCAGAGUUGCAGUUCAAAGACGCAGAAAUGAAUGAGUUAAGAACACGACUUCAGAACUGCGAAAGAAGUAGGCUUGUUGCUCAAACCGUUUUAACGCCAAGUCCUAAAAAAAAUCUUGCAGUCCCAGUGAAAUCAGAAGGAUGUUCUCCACAGCCUGGAAAAAGAUCUUUUCCUACAAAAGAAUCUUUCAAUGCUGAAAUGUCCACUAGACCAUCCUGUUCUUCGGGAAAUCUGUUUGUCCAGAGUUCUUUGGUAAAGGAAGAGAGCAAGAUACCUCAUCCUGAAGUUUUACCUGUGAAGCAAGAAGCAAUGGGAAAAAAAAAAUGCUACAGCUCUGUACAUAAACCAAACACUCAAGGUUCUAUCUUACUAAAUGCACUGAUGAAGCAGCCUGUUGUCCCUGGGUCUUUACUAGGGCUCUGUCAUCUUCUUAGCAGUAACUCUGAGGCUCUUCCAGCAGCUAUCUUGCAACCUAACUUUUUGGAUUCGAAGCCUACAGGAAUACCCAGCAUCAGGACAACUCGAGAAGAAAUUGCUUCUCUUGUAUCCUUGAGAGAAGCUCAAAAACUUGCAAUAACAGGAUUGAACUUGAUUGCUAUGGAUGAAGGGUCAUCUGAAGGAAGUCUAGCAGAAAGUGGUGGAGAGUAUAUGCACCUCAAACGUUGCAAGAUCCGAGGCGCUGUGCAUCUCUUGCCGUUGGUAGAACACCAUGUUGGUGCAUACUGUCAAGCAGUACAAUUUGUCGACAAGUCACUAAAUGGUUCUUGUGGAAACCAUUCAGUUGUUUCUUCGAGAACUAAUGCAAAUGUGGUAUCAAGUAAGGAGGACUUCAGAUUGUCUCUUGAAGAAACUACAGUUGUAUCUCUGGGCAUUCUUUAUUAUUUGGUAUUUUAUAGCUGGGAUGUUGUUCACACAUUGCUAUCUUCUGAGGUGGAAAGAGACUCUGCUGUUGGAAAUGAACAGGUUUCCCAGAUGGACAAAAAUAUGUUGUGUGAUAAUCAGCAUGGUAAUAAAGAAGAUGGUAGGACACAAAGAGGACUACAUGCAGCUUCACGAGAUGAACCUAAUAAUGAUCAAGCUCAACAUUCUUUGUUCAAGAAGUUGCUUCAGGUUUUAGCUUUUUCUGCUGCAGCAGGCUCCCAGACUGACAGUGUACUAAACCAAAGCCUAAAAGUUUUGGUGAAAUUAGCUGAAAAUUCAACAAUGGACUUGCUAAUAAAAUUUCAGGACUUAUUUAAUAACCAGAUACUGUUCCGUUGUCUGUGUCCAGAGACACCCUUGCACGCUGUCCUUCUGACUGUGAGACUGUUGUCUAUUUUUGCUCAACACCACAUGUUGGUUGCUCAACUUUGUUCUCAUUCAGACACCUGCCUUCUUCUUGCACUGUACAUGUAUAUUACAUCAAGACCAGAUAAAUCUGCAUCUGAAAUGCUUUGGCUUCAGUUAGAACAAGAGACGCUUAGACUGCUGACAAGGUGUUUGCGGUGUUCCAGUCCAGCGGUUUCACUACUUGGUACUGAUUGCCAAUGUAAUCUUGAGGUGGUUAAGGCACUAAUUAUAAUGUUACACAGACAGUGGAUGAAGAUUAGAAGGUCUGAGAGCACAUUGUGUACAUAUAAGGAAAACAUUGUUCAAUUUUUACGAGAUGCUGUUUUACUCUUACACAGCCUAUCUCAGAAAGAUAAACUGUUCCAUGAACACUGUUUGGAAGUUCUCCAUCAAUAUGACCAAGCCAUGCCUGGUGUAAGAGCCAUUCUCAAAAAAACUCAAAAAUUGAGUGCCUGUGAAGAACUGAUUUUGGAUGAAUUGUAUCCUCCUGAGCCAGAAGCAGAAGAUCAAGGAAUGGACUCCAGCUAGCUAACAUCUAGCAAAAAUCUCUGUCCUUACUUAUCUAAGUCUUAUUAAUCAUUGUCAGUGUAAAUCUGAAAUUUAAAUCAGUUUUUUUUUAAGUGAUGAAUAGAAAUUUAGUCCGAUCAUUUUAUUCAAGAGCCAUCUAAAUGUAACUGAUGUCAAAGAAAGAAGUUUGAUGUAAGAAACAGUUAUACUGAAAUGUACUCUUUUGCUGUGCAAAACCACUCAUUGCCUUGUGAACAGUUCUCCUUAUGAAUUUCAUCCUUUAUGAAAUUGCUGUGGGUGAACUGAAACUUCACUAUUCUCCAUUUUACUGUGACUGCAGCUUUAUGAUGCUGAAUGUGAUAGAUGUUUUGGAUCACUGAGUUGAUACGGAAGUGUUUUGAAAAUAUUUUCUCUGUUCUGUAUCUUUUGCAGCUCUAACUUUCUUGCUUGAUUUCAAGAAUUCUCAUGCUGACAUUAGUAAAUAGUUUCCUGUGAUUUUAAUUUUUUUUGGAGAAAUAACUUAGUUUGCAGUUCAGCUCUGUGUAAGAAAUUCAUCAAAAUCUUCUAGUGAUUACCUCAGUUCACUCAUUUUUCUCAACUUCAUAUUUCUGCUGAAAGUACCACUAUUGAGGUAGCAAACUUUUUUUUUUUUUUUAAUUCCCUUAGAAGAAUGAGAUGGUAAAUGUUGAAGAUAAUAUUCUCUUACUGUGCAAGAGGAUAAAUCUAUGCAGAAUAACCCUUUUUUGGUUGUAGUAUCAGAAUCUGCUUUGAGAUAAAGAUGAGUUCUGCUAAUGAUUGAAGGAAGAACUGCUGCUUUGCCCUUUCAGAUCUGUAUGUUUAUCAGCUCAUACUCAGUUGCAGGUAUCAGCUGAACCUUAGAUCCUAAAAGGGAAGUAAAAAAAAAAAACAAAAAAACAAAAAAACAAAAAACACCUUUCAGAACUAGUUAAGACAAGCCUGUGCACCUAUUUCAGUAGCAUUUAUACUUCCCUUUUUUUGUGGGGGGGAAGCAGAUACUUUAUUCUAAUUACAGUAAAUGCUGGUUUACAGCUCCUUGUGACAACUAUCACUGUUUUCUACAAGUGCUUUAAGUGAAAGGUCCAUCUAGGCUGCCUCUCAUAAGAAGAAAAAAAACCUUUCUUUAGGCCAAAGUUGCUUUUAUUGUAGCCUCUGUAUCAGAAGAGGGGAAGAUAUAAGAUUCUGCAGAUGGUAAAUUAAAUUAAAAACUGAAGUGCUUAACUGCCAAGAGGGAGAUACGUAAGUAGUACUUUUCUAAUGUUUAUCAGGACACUGUAGCAAUGUCUACUUUAAAAGAAAGUUUUUGCUUCUGAAUUCUAGAUUUUACAGCUAAAGUGCAUCUUCUUAUAGCUGAGGGAAUUGUAAAGGUGCAAAACCCUGCACUAAACAGAUGCUCAGAGUGGCACAGAAUCCUAUCAGGACAGGGUAACAGAAGGGCAAAGAGCACUGUUUGCAGUGCUCUUAAUUUAGAACCCAAUAUUAACUGGCCUUUCACUACUGUUUUAAUAUCUUGGAUUGUUUUUAACUUUUAUCUGUUGUAUAAGGAAGCACUACAUCCUCCUCUCCAGGGUGUAGGAGGCAAAUUAAAAGACUGCCUGCAGCUAGAGCAGGCC